AUGGAUGAAAAAAAAGCCCAUUAUGCAAAGCAUUCUGGGCCUAAAGCGGAAAAGAAAAAAUCAAGGAAAGCUCCCAAUGCCAAUCCAGAGAGCAAUCCUAAGGCAUUUUCCGUAUCUUCGGCAGGACGUAUGGCUAGACAGGCCAUGAGGACUGCAGACUUGUCUCAAAAGAAGUUGCACGUUCCGAUGGUCGAUCGUACGCCUGAUGAAUCGCCGCCACCUGUAAUUGUUGCUGUUAUGGGUCCUCCUGGAACAGGAAAAUCUACGUUAAUCAAAUCUUUAGUCAAAAGAUAUUCCAAAUAUACGGUAUCCAAUAUCACUGGGCCUAUUACUGUGGUUGCUGGCAAAUCACGAAGAAUUACUUUUUUGGAAUGCCCUAAUGAUUUGAGUUCCAUGAUUGAUGUAGCAAAGAUUGCCGACCUCGUUUUGCUUCUAGUUGACGCCAACUUUGGGUUUGAAAUGGAAACAAUGGAAUUUCUUAACAUUUUAGCACCUCAUGGAAUGCCCCGAAUUAUGGGCGUGCUGACUCACUUAGAUUUAUUCAAGAAGCCUGCUACCCUUCGUGCUGCCAAGAAGCAUUUGAAACAUCGUUUUUGGACAGAGUUAUAUCAAGGUGCUAAGUUAUUUUAUCUUUCGGGUGUCCUAAACGGAAGAUAUCCCGAUCGUGAAAUAUUGAACUUGUCGAGGUUUAUUAGCGUCAUGAAGUUCCGUCCUCUUCAAUGGCGCAAUCAGCACCCGUAUUUGCUUGCUGAUCGUAUGGAAGACUUAACAUUGCCUACCGAAAUUGAAGAGAAUCCUAAGGUCUCUCGAACUGUUACUCUCUAUGGUUACCUUCAUGGUACAAACUUACCGAAGCAUGAUGCACCAGUUCACGUCCCGGGUGUUGGUGACUUUACCAUUUCUGAUGCUUCUAGAUUAGAUGACCCCUGUCCUCCUCCAGAUGCUGAUAAAGUCAGAAGACGCAGACUUUCCGAAAAACAGAAAUUAAUCUAUGGUCCAAUGGCUGAUAUCGGUGGCAUCCUUUUUGACAAGGAUCGUGUAUAUAUAGAUGUUCCUACUUCAAACUUCUCCAAGGAUGACAACUCUGAAGCUGGUGUUGGUGAACGUAUGGUCAUGCAAUUACAAGAAGCUCAUCAACCUUUGGGUGCUAACUCUUCAUCUGGUAUCCAACUUUUCAGCAAUACCAAUCUCGUUGAUUCUGAAAAUGAUCAAGGAGUCUCUGAUGAUGUUGGCAGAAAAGCUCGACGUCAACCAACAGGCGUCGUUUCUGAUGAUAUGCUGCAUCUUGAGGAGAAUGAAGCAAAUGACUCCGAAAACGAGUCUGGUGACGAAAACGACGUUGAUUACUCUGAAAAGAUUGGAGCGGCCAAGGAUAAUGAGGACGAAGGUGCUCAAGAGAAUUUUGCCUUUGCUGAAAGUGAUUCAGACCUUGGUGAUCUUUCUGGUGAAGAAGAAUCGUCUGAUUUGAAAUGGAAAGAAGGUAUGGCUUCUCGGGCUACAGCUUCGUUCAUUGAAUCUCGUCGUCGACGUCGUAGGAAUCUACAAAAAGUGUUUUAUGAUGAAUCUCUUUCACCCGAUCAAGCAUUGUCUGAAAUUCGUGGUGAAUCGUUGGAUGCAGAGGAAGACGGAAGCGACGCAGAUGAAGGAGAUGAAGAUGACUUUUUUCAACCUAAAGAAGUUGAUUCGGAGGGCCCCACUCAAGAGAACGAAAAAAGUUCUUUUGAGGAAGAACUCGAACGUUAUGGACAGAAAUAUGCGGAUUCCGAACGUCUUGCUCAAAUCAAAUAUCAUUUUAUUACUGGCAGUUUGUUAGAUUCCCAGGAAGGGGAUAAUGACGAAGCUGGCGAGGAAGAAAAGGAAACGGGGGAUUUUGAGGAUUUGGAAGACGAGGGUAGUGUUGAAAAUAAUGAGAAUGCACAGCCCUCAAAUGACGAGGAGGAAUCACACGAGGCAGGCGAAGAUGAAACUCCUGAGUUUGAAAAAGAGAGAGAGGAAAAUGCUCGCAAAAAGGAAGAACUUAGGCUUCGUUUUGAGGAAGAAGAUCGUGGCGAUCCAGAGAAGAAAGAUGUCGAUUGGUACGGAGAAGAGAAGGAAAAGAUUGCGCGCCAAUUGGAUAUAAAUAGGGAAGCAUUCAAUGACAUGGAUCCCGAAAGUAGAGCUGAAAUUGAGGGAUAUCGUGCCGGUGCAUAUGUACGUCUCGUUCUAAAAGGCGUUCCUUAUGAGUUCGUUGAGCACUUCGAUUCUCGUUAUCCAGUGGUUGUUGGUGGUCUAUUGCCAAAUGAACAGCGACAUGGACUUGUUCAAGUUCGUAUUAAGAGACACCGCUGGCAUAAGAAGAUUUUAAAAACAAAUGAUCCGUUAAUUUUCAGCUUGGGUUGGAGACGAGUACAGUCAGUCCCAGUCUACUCUAUCAGUGAUUCCCGUACUAGAAACAGGAUGUUGAAGUAUACCCCAGAGCAUAUGCACUGCUUCGCUACAUUUUACGGACCAUUCAUUGCACCAAACACGGGAUUUUGUGCGGUGCAGUAUGUUGCUAAUCAAUAUGCUAAAGCUGGUAGUUUCAGAAUUGCUGCGACUGGUACCGUUCUAGAUGUUAACCAAUCGAGUGAAAUUGUGAAAAAGCUGAAAUUAACUGGUGUUCCAUACAAAAUCUUUAAGAACACAGCAUUUAUCAAGAAAAUGUUUAAUAGUCCUUUGGAAGUGGCCAAGUUCGAAGGUGCAAAUAUUAGGACUGUGUCCGGUAUUCGAGGACAAAUUAAGAAAGCUGUUGAUAAAGAACAUGGCCAUUUCCGUGCUACAUUCGAGGAUAAAGUGUUAAUGAGUGAUAUAGUUUUCUUGAGAGCAUGGUACCCUGUACGAAUUCGUGAAUUUUGUACGACGGUCGCGAACUUGUUAGAACCACUAAAGAACGAGUGGACAGGUAUGCGACUGACAGGUGAAGUGCGUCAUGAACUUGGCUUGAAAACACCCUUACUUCCCAAUUCCCAAUAUAAAGAAAUUGUUCGACCUACUAGACAUUUCAAUCCUUUGAAGGUUCCUGCAUCUUUGCAAGCGCAGCUUCCUUAUGCUUCUCGUCCUAAAGAAGUUCGUCCCCGAAGCAAGCCUACGUAUAUGCAAAAGCGCACUGUGUUAUUGAACGCUGACGAACGAAAAGCUCGUGAUUUGUUACAGAAGGUAAUGACCCUCAAGUCUGACAAAGAAAGCAAGCGUAAAGCUAAGAAGACCGAAGAACACGAGAAGUAUCACAAAAAGCUCCAGAAAGAAGAGCAAGUGUAUGUGGAAAAGAAACGUGAAGAGAAAGCCAACUGGUUUGCUAAAAAUGGUAAAAGACUUCGUCAAGACUCGGGUGCUGCCUCUGGCGGCAAAAAAUCUAGGCGAUAA